ACCAAUAGUGCUCAUCCGAUCUUCUGGCUAUUCAGCACUGACUCUUUUAAGUAUGAAGGAUUUUGGUGAAGUAACGAAUAUGGUAAAAAUCAGAGACUAUGACACCAUCACAGCUUUUCUUGGAUCUUGGGGACCCUUUCAGCUCAGGAUUUUUUUAGCACUGGCCAUAAGCAUUCUCCCAAAUGGAUUUAUUGGUGGCUAUAUAGUAUUCAUAGGUGCUAUUCCAUCUCACGAAUGCUAUAUUCCUGAAAACUACAACAUCAGCGAGAUGUGGAAAAACGUGACAAUCCCAUUGGAAACUGUUAGUGGCAAUGCAAAGCGGAGUUCCUGUUCAAGGCUUAACUUGGAUGUGGUCAGGAACUACUCUCAGAACAAUAUUAUCCCAAAUGUCGAUGUGAACGUUAGUGAAAUACCUUGGGAGAGUUGUAUAGAUGGGUGGUUACACAGCAAAAGCAUCUACCAGUCAACUAUUGUUACCGAGUGGGACUUGGUUUGUGAGAAUGCAUACAAACUUCCACUCACCAGCUCCAUUUAUUAUGUUGGUGUGCUACUGGGAGCGUUGAUCUCAGGUCUGGUGUCCGACAGAUACGGAAGGAGACCAAUACUCUUUAUCAUGAUGCUGCUUCAAACUGUAUCAAUCACAGCACAGAUAUUCUCCCCGAGCUGGGAGAUUUUCACCUUCAUUUUCUUUUUGGUGGGUGCUGGGGGAUUCUCCAACUACAUCAUUGCAUUUGUGCUAGGUUCAGAAAUUCUAAGCCCAAAAACCAGAGUGGCGUUUUGUUCUCUUGGAGUUUUUAUGGGCUCAGCACUGGGGUACAUGGCAAUGCCUGGAGCAGCCUACUUCCUCCGGGAAUGGCGGUUGCUGCUGAUUCCAAUGGCUGCCUGUGGAUUGAUCUACGUCCCUCUGUGGUGGAUAGUCCCAGAGUCUCCUCGCUGGCUGAUCUCUCAAGGAAGAGUAAACGAGGCUGAAGCAAUCCUGAAGCACGCUGCAAAGCUGAACAAAGUAGAGCCGCCACAGGCAAUUUUUACACAAGCUGAGAUUGAAGAUGCACUCACAAUGAAGGAGGAGAAGCAAAACAUUUUGGUCAUUGUGAAAAGCUGCAAUAUAUUCUCUAUUACACUGAUAUGUUCACUUCUGUGGAUCAUCAUCACCAUCAGCUACUAUGCUUUAGUCCUCAACACUUCCAACCUGAACGGUGACCCUUACAUAAACAGCUUCUUGUCUGCUGUCGUAGAAGUUCCAGCUUACAUAAUUGCCUUGGUACUGCUUAAGUACUGCUCCAGGCGCUUCUGCCAGUCUUCCACGCUCUUUCUCGGAGGUGUCAUGAUCCUCUGUGUCCACCUCAUUCCAAUAGGUUUACCAGGUGUGGCUGUUUUUCUUGAGAUGUUGGGAAAGUUUGGCAUCACAUCAGCAUUCUGUGUGGUGUAUGCUGUCACAUCAGAGCUGUUCCCCACAGUUAUCAGAAACACAGCAAUGGGGAUUUGCUCCAUGGCUGCACGGAUUGGGACCAUCAUCUCCCCAUUUAUUAUUUACUUAGGACAAGAAUUCAAGGCACUCCCCUACAUACUAAUGGGAGUUCUAGCAAUAUGUGGUGCUGUCUUAUGUUUGUUGUUGCCUGAAACAAAUGGAAAAAUCUUGCCAGAGACUAUAUCACAAAUGCCACAGAUAUGCAGCAGGAGAAAAGGAGAAAAGGAAAAGGAGGCUGAAAAUGAAGCGACUCCAUCUGUUUGCCAGCUCAAAGAAUCUAAAUUAUAGUUUGGCUUCUCUAUGUUUUUAUUUUUUGGUUUGUUUGUUGUUUUUUGUUUUUCAGAUAUUCAAUUGCUGCAGAACAUCAUGAAGCAGCAUGACGUUCUGCAGUUAAACAGCAUGUUAUACAUUUUAAACCUUCUUUUCAGUAUUUUUGUCUUUUAUGUCUUUUAUUUUGAACUAUUUUGUAACGGUACUGUAUUUGUUUGUUUAGCUUACUUGUGUUAUUGUGAUGUUUCUUGUCAUCAGCAGAUGUAGCCACCUCUAGAAAUUUAGGAAAUUUGCUGGUGUGGAGCAUUCAGAUAUGUCUCCAUCCUGAGUCCCAAUGGACUUCAAAUACAUCUCUCACCACCUGCAACAGGCAGCGUGCAGAAUAUGCAGCACAAUGCACACUUCUCCAAAAUCCUCUGUCUAUGUGGCAAAUAAUGGUAACGUGUUAUUACAAAAUAAAUAGUUUAGAAUUAAAAUACAUUUCCUGGCGGUGUGGUUUCUACAGUUACACACAUUUUUGACAUAAAAGAACUCCCCACCUUCUUCAGAUAUCAGUGGUGUUGCGUGUUAGGAGUGUCAGUAUGGGGACAGCCAAGCCUGAGCCAAAGGUUCAAUCUCUUUAUUUGUCCUGGAAACAAGUCAACUGAUACAGAAAAAAUGAUUUAGUAUACAUAUAUAAAGCCCUUAGAAUCAUCACUGCAUUACUCCCUCAUGUGGAGGCCCAGGAGAAAGCUUCUUCUAUUUAGUAACACAUCAAAAGAAUGAAGGUGUUGCAAUUACAGGGUCAAUGUCCAGACCUCGACCUGAUUAAAAUGGUGUUUCUGGAUCUCAGGGACAGCUCUGCAUAGAUGAAUGUGCACAAACCUUAUUUAAAGCAAUGCUUAAAUGCAAUGUAGUAUUGCUGACAGAUAACACUAUUCACCUACUGAAAUUCUUCCAGCUGCUUCUAUCCUUUGAGUUGCCUGAUUUUAAUCACUCUAAAAUGUCUUUUGCCAUGGCUUAAAUCCUCCUACUGUACAACUGACUGCUCUGGUGGGUAAAACAUUACUUAAGGUGCUGUUGUGGUGCACUGCAAUCAUCGAGUCCAUCCUCACC